AAGUCGUAUGCCUCGUUUAGCAAGAUAAAUUUUCCUUUGGCAAAACGAAACAGCUGUCGAACAGCACUUCGAUUUCACAGAGGGUCUCGUAACCCCGGAAUAAUGUAUAACUCGAUCGAUCCCAUCCACUCGUUGUUCAUUCGGAACAAAGAAUAGUAAUCCUGGGCUAUAGUGAUCGAACGUUCGCUCCUUUCUUUUCUUUCGUUCUUUCUCCUCGUUUCUUUUCCGGAACAUCAAAUAACGGUGCACCAAUGAUAAGAAUAAAAUAGACACAAAGUACGCUAUCGGUGAAUUGAAGGAUGCCAACACAUCAAAGCGACUGAUCGUCUCUAAUACGAUGCAAUAAUCGAUGUAGAUCGUGUACAAGUGUACCAGUUCAAUGUCCUUAACAUACUAGAUUAUUAGCAGUACGAUAUGAGAUUUCUGAAGAGCCACGACAUAUCUAUCAGCUUGACGUCGACUUUUAUGAAACUCGUUGGAUUAUGGACGUCGAAAAACCAAUUGGAGCGACGCGUCAGACUUAUUACGCAAAUUUACACGUUCGCCAUUAUUCUCUUUGCUCUGUGGCUAGAGCUUACGGAUAUUUAUCAUUCUUUCGGUGAUCUGAGUACCUGCCUUUACAACGUGUGCAACAUUGUGGCGGUUCUAAUGCCUCUUUUGAAGAUGACCGUAUUGCUUGCGCAUAAACAAGAACUUUUUCAUUUAAUCGCAUAUACGCAACGACGAUUUUGGCACGAGAAUUAUGACGAGUACGAGAAAAAAAUUUAUACGAACUGCAAACGCAAAUGUACCGUCUUUGUAUGUUUCGUUAUAUUCACUACAAAAGCGACCCUUAUUUGUUACGCCCUUAGUCCAAUUCUUGAAAAUAUUGGAAGGAACGAGUCAGCCAGAGAAUUUCUAUUUAAUAUGUGGAUUGAUCUACCACUGACAAUGUCCCCGUACUAUGAAAUAACAUUCAUGUUACAGCUCAUGACAUUGUACCAUAUUGGAGUCGGCUAUUUCUGCUUCGACAAUCUAUUAUGCGUCAUGAAUCUACACUUGGCUACUCAAUUUCAAAUACUGCAAUAUAAAAUGACCCGCAUGACCGAUUUAACGAAUAAAGAGAAGGGAGAAACAAAUCCACAAUUAUUCUCAGGAUCGUCGGCAAAUAAAUAUUACACCGUCUUUAAGAAGUACAUUCAACAACAUCAAGCUCUCAUAGCUUAUUGUGCAAAACUGGAAUCGGUAUUUAAUUUGCCUGUUUUGGCGCAAGUGCUGGCGUUCAGCUUGGUAAUGUGUCUAGAUGGGUACCAGAUACUUAUGCCUGGGGCACCUAGCAGAACACGUUUCAUCUUCAGCUUCCAAUUAAUAGCCUGUCUAUGCCAACUACUGAUGUUCACCUACAGCUGUGACUGCAUCAUGCAAGAAAGCGCGAGCAUAGCUUUGGCGGUGUAUAAAGGACCUUGGUCAUUUUUGCCUGCAACCGAAAGCGGUAUGAUGAUGCGCAAAAACAUGAUACUCGUUACUAUAAGAUCUGGCGUACCUUGUUGCAUAACAGCCUAUGGAUUCUUCGUCGUGUCUCUAGAAACAUACACUCGGGUUUUAAGUACUGCGGUAUCAUAUUUCACACUGUUAAGACAAACUACACAGGAGACCCUCUAUUCGUAA